CUCCUGUCACAGGCACCAUGUUCCGCAAGAAAAAGAAGAAACGUCCUGAGAUUUCGGCCCCACAGAACUUCCAGCACCGUGUCCACACCUCCUUUGACCCCAAGGAAGGCAAGUUCGUGGGCCUCCCCCCACAAUGGCAGAAUAUUCUGGAUACCUUGAGGCGGCCCAAGCCUGUGGUGGAUCCUUCUCGAAUAACUCGGGUGCAGUUGCAGCCCAUGAAGACGGUGGUACGGGGCAGCUCAGUGCCCACGGAGGGCUACAUCUCAGGGCUGCUCAACGACAUCCAGAAGUUGUCGGUUAUCAGCUCCAACACCCUUCGUGGACGCAGCCCCACCAGCAGGCGGCGGGCGCAGUCCCUGGGGCUGCUAGGGGACGAGCAAUGGGCUGCUGACCCAGAUAUGUACCUCCAAAGUCCUCAGUCUGAGCGCACUGAUCCCCAUGGCCUCUACCUCAGCUGCAAUGGGGGCACACCAGCAGGUCACAGGCAGAUGCCAUGGCCAGAGCCACAGAGCCCACAGGCCCUGCCCAAUGGGCUGGCUUCCAAGGCUCAGUCCUUGGGCCCCGCUGAGUUCCAGGGUGCCUCUCAGCGCUGCCUGCAGCUGGGUACCUGCCUGCAGAGUUCCCCACCUGGCACCUCACCCCCUAUGGCCACAGGGAGGCAUGGGGUGAAGGCUGCCAAGCAUAGUUCAGAGGAGGUCCGGCCGCAGUCCUGCCUGGUGAGCUCAGCCAUCGGCAGGCCAGGUGGAGAAGGCAGUCCUAGCCCUAAGAAUCAGGAAGGCAGCCUCAAGCACAGGCUCUUCCGAAGCAUGUUCCUGUCCACUCCUGCCACAGGCUGUGCAAGCAGCAGCAAGCCUGUCCCUCUGCCACAGAACAAGCUCCAUUCUGCUUUCCGACCACCACAAAAAGAUUCCUCCUCAAACCUGGUGGCCAAGGCCCAGUCCUUGCCCUCAGACCAGCCCAUGGGGACUUUCAGUCCUCUGACCACCUCGGAUACCAGCAGCCCCCAGAAGUCCCUCCGUACAGUCCCAGCCACUGGCCCGCUUCCAGGACGCUCUUCUCCAGCAGGCUCCCCCCGCACUCGGCAUGCUCAGAUCAGCACCAGCAAUCUAUACCUGCCCCAGGACCCCACGGUGGCCAAGGGGGCCCUGGCUGGAGAGGACACUGGCAUUGUGACACAUGAGCAGUUCAAGGCUGCGCUCAGGAUGGUGGUGGACCAGGGUGACCCCCGGCUGCUGCUGGACAGCUAUGUGAAGAUUGGAGAGGGUUCCACGGGCAUUGUGUGUCUGGCCCGGGAGAAGCAUUCGGGUCGCCAGGUGGCAGUCAAGAUGAUGGACCUCAGAAAGCAGCAACGCAGGGAGCUGCUCUUUAAUGAGGUGGUGAUCAUGCGUGACUACCAGCACCUCAACGUGGUGGAGAUGUACAAGAGUUACUUGGUAGGCGAGGAGCUGUGGGUGCUGAUGGAGUUCUUGCAGGGCGGGGCCCUCACAGACAUCAUCUCUCAAGUCAGGCUGAAUGAGGAGCAGAUUGCAACUGUGUGUGAAGCUGUGCUUCAGGCCUUGGCUUACCUGCAUGCCCAGGGUGUCAUCCACCGGGACAUCAAGAGUGAUUCCAUCCUGCUGACCCUUGAUGGCAGGGUGAAGCUCUCAGACUUUGGAUUCUGUGCUCAGAUCAGCAAAGAUGUCCCCAAGAGAAAGUCCCUGGUAGGAACCCCAUACUGGAUGGCUCCUGAAGUGAUCUCCAGGUCUCUCUAUGCUACUGAGGUGGACAUCUGGUCUCUGGGCAUCAUGGUGAUUGAGAUGGUGGAUGGAGAGCCUCCCUACUUCAGCGACUCACCGGUGCAAGCCAUGAAGAGGCUCCGGGACUGCCCCCCACCCAAGUUAAAGAACUCUUACAAGGUCUCCCCGGUGCUUCGAGACUUCCUGGAACGGAUGCUGGUACGGGAACCCCAAGAGAGAGCCACAGCCCAGGAGCUCCUGGAUCACCCCUUUCUGCUGCAGACAGGGCUGCCUGAGUGCCUGGUGCCUCUGAUACAGCUCUACCGCAAGCAGACCUCCACUUGCUGAUUCCACACCCAGGGUGCACCUGCCGCGCCCACAGGCAAAGGCCACCGGGCAGCCAGUCCACCGGCAGGGCCUACCUGCCUUGUUCUCUCAGUAUUCUCUCCAAAGAUUGAAUGUGAAGUUCCAGCCCUUCCCUCUUGCCCUUUUGCCCACCGGGCCAGGCCGGACCUGCCCCCUCAGUCUCACUCCCCAUCGUCCCAGUUGCCUUUGGGAUGACUGACCCCUUCUGCAGGUUUGGCCCUUUGUUAUUUGCACAGGGAUGUUUCUAAGAAACAUGGAGAGUGGUGCUCCUAGCCACCAGCCAGCAAACAGGCUGCUGCAGAUUUUUAAAGGUAGUUUCCACUAGUGUCCUGGGCCACCAAGAGGGUGCACACCCCCAUCUCCACGUGGAUACUUGCUAUUCUCAGCUACAGCUUCAAAACCAGGAGUUCCAGAGGGAGGGCCAAGGGGAAGGAUUUUAUUGCCUGAGUCCUUCUUCCUCCCUUGGCUGACUCCCAGAAGCUCCACUUGCACCUGUCUCCUGUCUGUCCCCUGGCAAGCCUCUCCCCAGAAAGCCUCCACAGAACUGUGAAUUGCCUGUGUGUGGGCCAUGGGAGUAGCAAGGGGGCUCUUCUGAGAGAG